GAAAAAUAAAAUCCCUGUGAUGAAGCUAAAAAUGAACCAUGGCGAAACGAAAGGGAACUCAUUAGAGGCCUCAAAAACCUCAUAAACCCUCUCUCUCUGUCUCAGUCACACAUUCAAGAAGGGUGAAGGGUGAAGGGUGGUAGCAGAAAAAAAUGGACUCACAUCUCCCCGACCACUUCAAGUGUCCAAUUUCCCUCGAAAUAAUGUCGGACCCUGUCAUUCUCUCUUCGGGUCACACCUUCGACCGUUCCUCCAUCCAACGUUGGCUCGACGCGGGUCACCGAACAUGUCCAAUUACCAAACUACCCCUCCCCGACCACCCCGCCCUCAUCCCCAACCACGCGCUGCGAAGCUUAAUCUCCAACUACGCAUUCCUCUCACCUCUCCACCAUACCGUUUCCCAACCCGAAGCCCUAAUUUCAACCCUCGCCUCCAAUUCUUCGUCUUCCGAUUCCAAAAUUGAGGCUCUUAAGCACCUCACGCGCUUAUCCAAGCGCGACUCGGCGUUCCGGCGGAGGCUGGCGGAGUCCGGCGCCGUCCCCGCCGUGAUCGCCGCCGUGGACGACCCGAGCCUCCAGGAGAGGGCGCUCCCGCUCCUCCUCAACCUCACCCUCGACGACGACUCCAAGGUCGGCCUCGUCGCCGAAGGCGUGGUCGCGCGCGUGGUGGAGGUGCUCCUCCACGCGCCGACGCCGGACUGCCGCGCCGUUGCGGCCACCAUCGUCACGAGCCUCGCGGUCGUCGAGGUGAAUAAGGCCACCAUCGGCGCGUUUCCGGCGGCGAUCGCGGCGCUCGUGGCGAUCCUCCGCGACGGCAAGGGGCGGGAGAGGAAGGAGGCCGCCACCGCUCUCUACGCGCUCUGCUCUUUUCCGGAUAACCGGAGAAGAGCCGUCAAUUGCGGCGCCGUGCCGAUUCUCCUCCAAAACGUCGAAAUUGGACUUGAACGCUGUGUUGAGGUAAUUGGAUUUUUGGCAAAAUGCAAAGAAGGGAGAGAACAAAUGGAAUGUUAUGACGGUUGCGUUCAGAUUCUGGUUAACGUUUUGAGGAAUGGUAGCUCGAGGGGGAUUCAAUAUGCACUCUUUGCACUCACUUCGCUUUGCUCUUAUAACCAGGAAAUGGUUCUGGUGGCUCUGGAAGAAGGGGUUCUAGAAGCUUCUCUUGGGUUUGUGGAAGAUGAUAAUGAGAAAGUGAGGAGGAACGCGUGUAAUUUGAUUAAGGUUUUGCGUUUCAACCACAAUCGGGUGAGGUGAUACUGAUGAUGAUGAAAAAUGGAAAUGUGGAGUGUGCCUGUGAAGUAUCAGUUUUGAUGGGAAGAAAGAUUUGUUUGUCUCUCCUCUGUUGAGGUGAGUUUUUUUUUUCUUUUGGUUUAUUGGUUCUGCCUUGUUGGGUGGGUCCUCUGUAAAAAAAAUGGAAAGAAAUAUCAUUUUUUUUAUGUGAUAGGGUUCUUUUGUAUGUUAUAUAUAUUGAAUAAUGAUAAUGAUGAUGGGAUCGGUCUCUGGUGUUAGUUUAGCUGUUCUCAAUGGGAAAGUUGAUCGACCCUUUGAAAUGUAGUGCUUCAAGUUAGAAAAUUUCUCAUGGUUUCCUUACAAUUUUUUGUACUGGGUUAACACUUGAAUUUAACUUCCAAGUUGUUUUUUA